AUGCGAUUCUUCAAGAGCCCUCUCAAUAUACUUGAUCUAGGCGCCACGCUCUCUUUCUACGCUGACGCCAUCAUGGUUCGAUUUGUCGAGGACGAGCCGAAGGAUGUUGUCGAGUUCUUAUCAAUGAUUCGUAUUUUCCGGCUUUUUAAAUUAACGCAACAUCAUCAAGGAUUACAAAUUCUGAUUCAUACCUUCCGUGCAAGUGCAAAAGAAUUGAUACUUUUGGUGUUUUUUCUUAUACUGGGCAUCGUCAUAUUUGCUGCACUGGUGUACUAUGCCGAGAAGAUGGAAGCUAACCCCAACAAUCAGUUCCAGUCAAUCCCGUUAGGUUUAUGGUGGGCUAUAUGUACAAUGACUACAGUAGGAUAUGGUGAUAUGACACCUCACACAUCAUUUGGAAGGCUGGUAGGAUCGCUUUGUGCCGUUAUGGGAGUCCUCACAAUUGCUCUCCCAGUUCCAGUGAUCGUCUCUAACUUCGCCAUGUUUUACUCCCACAAUCAAGCACGUGACAAACUACCAAAACGGAGGCGACGAGUACUUCCCGUUGAACAGCCAUCCGGGUCGCAAGGAGGACUAGGAGGAUCGGCGAUUCGAAGGAAGAAUAUGCCAAUACUUAUAAACCAAAACUGUUGCGGUGACGAGGAGAAUCAUAAUCAUAAGCAUCGAGAGAAAUCGGAAAAUUCGGAUGAAGGCACAAACAGCUCCAGUACGGCUGGCGUGGACACGGUCGUAAAAUUGGGGCCAAGUGAAACGGCUAUUACAACGACUGUUUUAAAUUGA